AUGAUUUCAGAGGAAAGUCUAGUCAUAAACCAAAAAGAUUUCCCAUCAUUGAAAACUAGUGAUAUAGUUGAAAUUUAUUCUCCUGAAGAUGAAUACAGUCGUUUAUUGUUACAAGUUACUUGCUUUAAAGAAGAACUCCAAAAAGAUACAAUUAGCAUUGAACAAUCUAUUGCAAGUAAUUUUCAAUUAAGGACUUAUGCAGAUGUGAUUGUAAAUAUUGUUAACCCAAAGGUAGAAAUUUAA